CUGCAUGAAUUGUUUGAUUCUUUUUGUUUUGUUCAAACAGUUUACGAUCAAAUAACGAUAAUGGAUUGUAAAAUGAUCAGAAUUAAUUUAUCAACACCGAUAUGUUUACUUGAAAUUACAUCAUGUACAAAUGGUUUACAUACAAUUAAACGUAUCGAACAAUCUUUCAAUCAAAAAAUUUAUCAUUUAAAUGAUACAGAAAAUAUUGAUAAUAAAUCAUAUCCCAAAUCAUUGAUUCAAGCUUUUAAUUGGUUUCGACAAUAUUUCGAUAAUAAUUAUGGCCAACCAGAUUUGGAUCUAUAUGAUUUGAUGAAAAAUAACAAAUUAUUAUGUCGAAAAAUUCAACUAACUAAUUUUAAACGUAAAACAUAUUUAGAAUUAUUGAAAAAUAUUCAAUAUGGACAAUGUUCAUCAUAUAGUGAACUAUCAAAAAUGGUAAUCAAUAAUAAUCAUAGUGCUAGAGCCAUUGGUACAGUGAUGAAAAAUAAUCCAUUAAUAAUAAUGAUACCAUGUCAUCGUAUCAUAAAAAAAUCUGGAAUAAUUGGUAAAUAUGCUGGUGAAGAAGAUCCAAUGAAACGAUGGUUAAUUGAACAUGAAAAAACCACAACAAUAAAACCACGGAAAUGAUUUUGUUGGUUUUGUUUCACACACCCUAUACUAAUUACUUGCGAAAUGAACAAAAA